AUGGCAUUAAGGGAAAGGAGGAAGGGAGGGAGAGAGAGAGGUCAGCGUCAAGAGGUCGUGACUGGAGUCGAGGUUUUUGCUCUUCUUCUUGUUCUUUUUUCCCUUGGGAUUUUCUGUCUUCCCCUCGGAGGGCCCUGGUGAGGACUAAUAACCAUACGACUUCAAUUGGUACGACCACGUUGUGGGACGCCGCUGCUGCGGUAAAAGUCAACCAUCCCACUCUCGCUCUCUCUCUCUCUCUCUCCCCAAGUCAAGGACUGUAAGUACAAAGGACGGAGGGGAGGAGCAGCAAAACGAACUGGAAAACCAGGCCGGAGAAGUGACUUCCUCGUUGCUUGCCAGCCAAUGCAAUCGCCCGGGCGCCGUUCGAUUCGACCGAUCUCGUCUCAUCUGACGCUCCAAAAAUGGGCACGUCCUUCACGAGUCUUCAACGGAGGUUUUCAAGGUGACUCGGUCCCCUCCGAAAACGACGAUUCUGUGGGCUUCCCUGUCUUCCACCUGGGCCCUGGCGUCUGGUUCCAAAUUGAGACCCCACAAUGGGGCCCAGCUGCGCCCCAUCCGGCGAUGGGCCGCGAGGGAAGAGAAAAUUACGGACCGGAGGCGGACGGCCCAGAGCUUGAGGCCAUGUCGGGGUGGGAUGGGGUGGGGUGGGGUGAAGAGAGAGAGAAUGCGGUUUACCCUUGGCGGAAAGGGGAGAAAGAGGGGCGGGGGGGAACCAUCUCCACAAGUGUCGGCACUUGACGACCUUGGCUGAUCUCCCGGUUUUAUCUCUAACUUAUGUGGAAUUAUGACCCCAUUAAAGGGUCGAUAACCAUGAGAGAGAGAGAGAGAGAGAGAGAGAGAGAGAGAGAGAGAGUCAGCCCCACCUUUUCUCUCUCUCGCUCUCUCGCUCACUCGAGCGACCUUUCGAUGGCUUCAAGUCCUCGCUGUUUCCAGCCCACAUGAGGGCCCCAAAGCUGGCGACACCAUCUCUUGAAGCGGACAGGAAUUAUCAACAGGAAUGAAUAUAUAUACAUAUAUAUAUCUAUAUAGAUAGAUAGAUAGAUAGAUAGAUAGAUAGAGAGAGGGAGAGAGAGGGAGAGAGAGAGAGAGAGAGAGAGAGAGAGAUUUUGGGGGCAGGCUUGGAUAGGAAAUAGAAAAUUUGGCAACUUCAGGAAGAGACGGGGGAAAAGAAUACCCAUUUUAUGAAAUAUGAAUAAAUAAACUUAAUUAACUCUCGUGAUGACCUCAACAACGGAGGCCCUCUCUCCCUCCCUCUCUCUCUCUCUCUCUCUCUCUCUCCCUGGUCUACGAUCUUUUAUGCUGUGCCCGACUUGAUGCUUCGGUAAAUUCCAGAGAGACCACCGUCGGAGGAUCCAGACCGUCCAUCCUCUGUCUCAGGGCGAGCCGGAUGUUCCCGAGAUUUUGGGGUCGGCUCGUCAGAGCCUACAGUCCAUUAAUGUGCGACAUAUUCUCUCUCUAAAAGCUAAUAAAGAGGCCAUCUCUCUCUCUCUCUCUCUCUCUCUGUCCCUCUCUCCUACAGUCAACGCUGCGACUGGGGGGAUUCCCACGUGCGCAGCGCAAUCGAGUUGCAGCCAGGAUGCCUAGGCGACGGUAUUGCUAGAAUAUUAUGAUGACGUCAUCUUAGAUGUGUGUCCCAGGCGGCGGGCUCGAGACUUUCGGUACACGUGCGAGGCUGAGUCGAAGAUUCGUUCCGUCUGCCGUUCGGAGCUCGGAAGAGCACGCUGCCGCAUGGGUCCGAUGAGAUGCUGAAGGACACCCGUCCCGCAGAAGGCCAGAGAGAGAGAGGAGAGGAGAGGAGAGAGGAGAGAGAGAUUUUCAAGCGGGGCAUGGGAAAUUCCAUCCAUGAACGUAUCAUGAUCGUCGACAUCGCCAUCGUCUCUACCGAGACGGGAGCCCUCCUCCCCUCGGAUGCCCUCCCCAGAAAUCUUAUCCCGUGGGCGGGAGGGAACAAAUGGCAGAGAGAGAGAGAGAGAGAGAGAGAGAGAGAGAGAGAGAGAGAGAGAGAGAGAGAAAGAUAGGAUAAGACCUUGCGGAGGGAGGGGGCCCUGCAGUUGCCUUACGGGCAAGGAGAUGGACCACACGGGCCGCCCUAAGACUUGUCUUCGGUUCCCUCCGCCAUGCCACGCAGUGGGCACUGAGCUCUCAUCUUCCGGGUCUCUAUGCGGAGGGGCAAUGAAUAUUUAAUGGCGGCGAGAAGAUGCCCUAGCCCUUCUCCUGUGCCCACGAGGGGCCAUGGUAGGACACCCUACCAACCCCAGUCGUCUUCUACGCCAGACCCAAGGUCUCUUAUCUCCACAUUACAAUCGUCUCAUGCCACACUUUACAUAAAGUCAAAUGUAUGUAGAUUCCCUGAUCCUUAUUCUUCCCUAUUCUCAUUGCCCUCCGGCUUCCGUACCCUCUCUCUCUCUCUCUUGCACAGCCUUCCCUUAAAAGGUUGAGAAUUUAUAAGCAUGGUGGGAGGGGAGAAGGAUCAUGGAAAAUGACCGAAAAUGUGUAUGUUAAGUGGAGGUGGGCCUGAACUAGUAAUGCGAGUGCCAGCUCAACGGGUGUGAGAGGGACACCUUUGUCUACCGUAGACAUCAUCGAGCAGACAACAUGGACUUCAGAUUUGGCCCUUCCCUCCAAGGACCAGAGGCUGGGAAGAAAGAGGGAGAGAGGAGAAAAGGAAGAAAGGGCGAGAGACUGGGAAGAAAGAGGAUCAGACGAAGAAAGAGGAGGAUGAGAAGAAGAAGAAGAAGAAGAAGAAGAAGAAGAAGAAGAAGAAGAAGAGAUCUUUCAUCGAUUUCAUUUAGUCUGCACUGUGGAGGUUGGGUGUCCUCUCUCUCUAUCUCUCUCUCUCUAACAUGUCCAUGUGAUCAAUGGGGCUGUUCGGGGAGAAUCUGCAAGCUGACUGUUCCCGAGGGCGAACGAUUAAUCCGGAUGGCCCUUCUCUUCCUCCGAGCCGAUGCAAGGGCAUGUUCGGGAAAACUCAGAGAGAGAGAGAGAGUGAGAGGAGGGGGUGAUCACAUAGACCUGUGUCACGGAGAAAAUCUCAAAUUGUGGGGCAGAGAGAGCCGUAGAUAUUAUGUAGACAGAGAGAUGAAGAGGGAGAGAGAGAGAGGGGAGAGAAAGAGGUGUUAGGGACAGACUAGAAGGGCCCGUAGAGGCCGGGGGACCGCUGUGGGGCAGCCCCAACACAGCUGUUUCCGAGGGAGCGUGUAGAGGCGGGCGGUCAGAACCCCAGCCCCAGAAACAUCCCAUGUACGAGAUGACCAGGAGGUCGCCUGGGCCCACCUACUUGUCCCUUACAGCUGGCACUGCCUCUCCUCCCAUAAAAGUAUCCGCUUUCCGAUGUACUGCGCGCCCAUCCACGCGACGCGUGGCUCUCCCUCCUCCGCCCCGCCUCCUUUCCCGAUCGGACAAGGGAGUUGAUCGUACGGUGGGGGUGGGCGAUUGACGGCGCAAAGAUCCAUUCUUUCUUUCUCCUGAUUAAUCGAUAUCCCAACACAGUACGUACUUUGACGGGCCAGUAUGCUCCAUACACAGCCACCCCCGGCCCAUCUCUCUCCUUCCCGUGCCCACCCAGAGCCCAUUUUGUUGACUUUUGGCUAGACUUGGGCCGGGCCUAUUGGUAUGAACAACACCCCGGUUUGAGUCAGACCUGAUCCACCAAUCUUCACGUGUUCUAAAGUCAGAAUUACUCCAAAAAAAAUGAAGAACACCAAUUGGCUACAGUACUAAAGUCAAGGCAAAGUGGGAUAACUUGAUUUGUUGUCAUCUGCUGAAAUCGUUUCACUACAAAGCUCCUUUCUUUUUCAUCGGUAGAGUUGACUUUCUGUCGGCACCUCGGCAAUGACACAGAGCAACUAUCCAAUAUGAUCAAUGAUUUUACGUGGUUCAGAGGUUGGCCUCUCACGUCCACAGGUGACAAUGAAAGUUUCAUUAAAUGUGAACAAAGUACAAAAGAACUCUCUUCAAGAACUUAGAGAUGAAAUCUCUGAUGUUAACCCCAUCAAAUGAACUUGCACAAGGAUGAUAGUGGUGAAAUGAGGGGUGCUAGAGAAGCCUGAAGAAUGAUGAAAAUAGGAGAACAUAUCUUUUAUUUAUAGCCUCCAGGUGUUACCUUGGUAAAUAUGCACAGAGACCUCACGUGCAGUCAUUUAGUAUUCUAUUUAGUUUCGGUUACUAUGACCCGUCCAGCCAUAGAGGACAUUAGGCCUGUGACAUUAGGUCUUCUCUCUCAUGAAAUGUGAAAUGCGGUUCGUCUUCUUCUUCUUCUUCCGCACAGUCACCAUAUGAGUUGAAUACUGGGGGAUAUAAAAUAUCCCUUCGUUAAAUAAAUAUUUCAAGACGUAUACAUCGAAUGGACCCAUUUACCCAAUGAUAAAGAUGAUGAGAUUGUGUCGAAAUAAAAUGUCAAGUACCAGGAAGUGCUGUUCUAAGAUUUAAGUGGUUCGAGGAAGUCCUCCCACGUGGACGACCACAAUUUUGUUUUGUUCGAUAGAAGAACAACUGGAAAGAGAAUCUUAUGAGACGCUUGGUCUCUUUCCUUGACACAAUGAAAUACGUCUUCCUCUUCGAGUAUAGAAAGGCCAAAAAUAUGACAAGUUUACCCUCCCUUCUUCUUCUUCUUCUUCUUCUUCUUUCAGGAUGUCCAAAAACGUUUUUUCUUACUCUUAUCCCUCUAUUUACUAUGCUCCCAUCUCUUACAACUCAUCCUCCGCAUCCAUCCCCUUUGAUAGAUGAAAAGGAUGAGGGGGAAGAUAGAGAGACGGAGAGGGCGGUUAAAACGCGCCACUCCAAGUAAUGGGCCGUUUCUAACAGCCCCCAUAACUCUUCGGACAAUGUAACUUCCCCUAAUUUAUUGGGGUGUUACACUAUGUAUAUAUAUAGUGUAUAUGCACCAAGCAAACGAUAGCUAAGUAAAUGGCGAUCGCGAUUACAGCAUCACGAGAUUCAUGAAGGAAAACAGCGUUUAGUCUCAGCUCUCUGUGAGAAGACACAGGGGGAGUAUCAGGCCUGCAGACCAUCCACAAAGGAGGAGGCUAAGGCAUCCAUGCACAGCCGUGAGGUGGACACCGAGAGCUGCACGCCCCCUCUCGCCGCGAGCAGCGCCGCCUCCCUAUUCCCGUCAGGGGAUACCAUCUCCACCCUCCUCGCCCCUCCCCAUCCGAAAUCCACAUCGUACACCCGGAACCUCGGCGACCCCGCCACAAUCACCAGUCUGUUCAUCUGUAGCCCCCGAGGAAACGGGUUCGUUAUCCAGCGCUCAACGUUGCUCAACGGAUCUCUAG